AUGAUCCACCUCACGAACGCGGCGAAGCGCGACGCGGUGGUGGAGGCCAGGCUCGCGCAAGACGAAAAGGUGCAGUUCGACGAGGCCAAGACCAAGGCAUUGCUACCCUGGAUCGACAACCAGGCGUGGCAGGCGGUGAACGAGGCGACGGCGGGAGCUGGCGAAGUGUGUCCGAUGAGGUUUCUGCUGAAGUGGAAGAUGAAGGACGGAGUUCGAGAGGCAAAUGCGCGAGUGAUUCUUCAAGGAUUUCACUUGGAGGAGGUGGCGAGCACCAACGUGGAGAAGGCAAGCCCCACUCUGACGAGGCUCGCGAGGUACCUCAUCCUGCUCAUCUUGUGCCAGCAGUCGUGGAAGAUGGUGGCAGCUGACGUGAAGAGCGCGCUCCUGCAGGCCAAAGACAUUCGUGAGCAGGGCGUGCGCAUUUUCAGCAGACCGACGAAGGACAUCCGAAGGAGGUUGGCGAAGAUGAUGGGCCUAAAGGACGACGAGAUAUUGCAGAUGCUUAAGCCAGCUUUCGGAGAUGUUCGCGCUCCAAGGCAGUGGAAUCAGACGAUCACGGAGGCCAUGAUCGACAUCGGAUUUCUUCAACACCAGCUGGAUCGGUGCUGUUUUCUGUCGUACCGCAUCGCGGCCGACGGCGACGACCCCUUUCUGGUGUGGAGCGCAGACGACGGCCAGAACUACGUCCUGGACGGCAUUCUGGGUUUACACGUGGACGACUUCAUCGGUGGCGGCGAGAACUUGGAGCACGAGGCCGACCUGACCGACAAGCAGGCCUACGAAGGCGCGUUCCUGGACAGGGUGCAGACUCUCAGCAGGCGCUUUAAGUUCGGCAAGUGGGAGUUUCAGAACGGUAUCGUUUUCUGUGGCAUGGAGACCACGCAGUCGCAGUCAAGGAACGAGAUCGAGGUCAAGGCCGAGCAGUACAUCCACAAGGUGGAGCCGAUUAGCAUCGAGAAGGUACGCCGCCAGCACCCGGACGAUUUGUGCACGCCGAAGGAGAUCAGCCAGCUACGAGGACUUAAUGGGGCUAUGCAGUGGCCGGCAUCCCAGUGCAUGGCGCAGGCGAGUGGCGACGUGGGCAUCCGUAUUCGUUACGUGUCCAAGUGGGAGCAGCUACGACUUGGAGUGUGCUGGGACGCUUCAUGGGCAACAAGACUUAACGGCGAGUCGCAAGGAGGCUACAUGAUCUUCGCGAUCGAGGACGACAGGAUCGACGACGGCCAGGCUCAGGCGGCGGCCAACGCGGUGGACGCUCUGGAGCUUGCGAAGACGAUGCUGACCACGAUGCUCUACCCCAACAUGCAGCUGACGGGGCCGGACAUGCUGCAGGUGCUCGGGCGAAGCCCGUGUAUCACAGACUGCAAGGCGCUCUACGACGCAGCCAAUUCUCAGGCGCCAGCCGGUGGCCUGACGGAGCGCAGGACGGGCAUCGAGAUCAUGCAAGUGAACGAGAAGAUGAAGGAGUUCGGCGGAGUGUGGAGAUGGACGAAUACACAUCAGCAGAUGGCGGACGGGCUGACUAAGUUGCAAGUGCGACAGCAGUUCGUGGAGAAGCUGAGGAGGAUGACACACGCGCUGAAGUACGACGCGACGUUCACGGCAGGCAAGAGGGUCAGCCAGCAAGAGCGUGACAAGAACGAGCAGGAGCUAAACGACGCGGCGGCCGACUUCGACGAGGCGAAUGCGGUGGACCAGACACCAGAUGAAGUGCCAGCGCGAGAGAUGGUCAGAGCGAUGAGGGCAGGGACCAGGACAGCACAGAGACUGGCGGCGCUUGUGGCGACAACGGCGGCUACGACGACAAAAGCGGAGGAGACCUGCCCAAGCCUGGACAUCAACGAGACGCAGUGGAUCUACGUGACCGUGCUCACGAUGUCGCUGGUUGUGAUGGUGCUGUACAUGCGGAUGAAGACGAAGAUGAGUGAGCAAGCCGAUGAGAUCGACCGCCUGAAAGAGAAGAACGAAGGGCAACGGAGUAAGAUCGAAGAAAGAGCCAAUCAGAUAGUCGACAUGCAGCCAGACAUGGAGGAGCUGAUGACGGAUUUCGAGCAGCGCGGCAAGAGCUUAGCGGCAUGCGACGAGAAGCUGACCAAGACCGAGAAGCUACUGCAGGACGCCAACGAGGAGCUUGGACUGCGUUACAAAAGGCUGUCGACGCUGAACGGUUCGAACGACAAGUUGGAGCGGCAGCUGAAUAACACGAAGAACGAGUUACGGCAGAUGACGCUGAGAGCUCGAGACGUGCCGGAGCCCAAACGAAUGUGGUCGGCGAGCACUCAGUCACAGUGUACGUAUCGACGAGAUCUAGCCACGCCGAGGUUUCAGGAGAUAAAGUCGAUUCACGAGCCGACGGUGACCACGACGGACGAGUUCACGGCAGGUUCCCCUAUCGGCGAGCUCAAGCGGUUCAUGAACGGCGUGGUGAUGGUCAUCGUAUGCGGGACCUACGAUAUUCAGGAGACCUGGGCACAUUUUCCGACUCUGUAG